AGUUCCUGUUCCAUUGGUUUUGUAGAAAUCUUCGUAUUUACCCAAAAAAUCGAUGACAUGAACAUGGUAUUUUGAGCAAAGUGCGCCUACUUUCUAGAAGAUCUAGUCGAAACAAAGAAAGAACGAUCGAUCGUGUUGUAGGAGGUGGAUCAUCAGCGAGAAUGUUUUUUUUUAUCACAUAAAAUAAAUACACACCAUCAUUGACCUUUGACCACUUCAAUAUCAACUUCAAAACAAAACCACAGCCGAGCAGUCAGAAUCUGUACCCUAGAACAAGCGGCCGCACUACAAGGUCGCCAAAAAGACGAUAUAGGAAGAGGUAGACAAAAGACUCUCGCGUUACUUAUCAUCUUCGCCUCUGGAUAGAGCUCGAGCAAGAAUCUUCGAUUGUGUGGUCUCAUUUUAGUAAGGAUCAGGAAAGACAUAGUACAACAAAUACAACAAGUAGUUUUGUUCCAUGUGUGAAUAGUACAGAAGAAAUAACAUCACCGAAAAAGUAUCGAUAUUGAACUCUAUUUGUUGAGCAGCUCACUCCUAGUUUUUUACACAAACGGCAUACUCUACUACUUCGCCCAGUAUUGCUUAUCACAUUUUUGGUCGGUUGUAUCUUUUGCGAACAGAACGAAAAUAAUACGGAAGCAAGAGUCUCCUAAGUUUUUGGCUUCGUUGAAUUUUGUCUCCAUUUUUUUCUAGUUCAAGAGAGUGCCGAUCGUAAAUUUGUGUUAUAGAAGCUGCCACAUAUCGGUCUGUUUUCAGGGAGUGUAGCAGCUUAUAGUAGUGUUUAAAUUCAAGACUUUUUGAACCUGUAGUCACACUUUCUUCGACGCUACUAUUCUAAAAAUUGGUAUACGUAUAUAAUCAUCGUUUUAUUGGCUCAUCGAAUUUACUCGCCGAAAGGUCGUGGAUAAACAGCAAAAUCGCUUAAUCUGGCGGCCCAACAAGACGGACUCAAGUACCAGAAGAUAUUUCUGUAAAAAAUCCAUCUUCCUUUUGGCUCUACAAGUAUUUUCAGGCGAAAAAUUGACAACUACACCUUUGACGACUGUUGAGAAGAGAAGACAGUAUUUUUUACUUCGACUGACAUUGAUUUUUCCCGUCGACAAACUACUCACGACAUCGAGUACCUCCAUAUUGGCAUACUAGUCCACAAAGACGAAAAUCAACGCCCGCGCGCAUAUUAGUCCAAGCGAAAGUACCUGAAAGGAGUAUAGAAAUUUCUGCUGCUCAUAGAACAACACUAGUUUACCUUUUAGCUUUUUUUAUAGAUUUCUUUACGUGCGCGGCGAUACGUGUCCCGCUUUGUUGAUCUUUUUCUACGCAUAGAAGUUUUUUUUUCUUUUGACAGAGGUCGUCUACUUUUUUAAGUGUUCUACUUUUGAUUACACCGCAAAAUCUCCAUUUUUGACAAAGCUGACUGUCGGCUUUCUCCUGCGCGAUCGCAGCUUCUGUCCUCCAUACAGAAUCUACUACCAAAAGCAGAAUACCUACCACCUUGUACAAUCUUCGUUAGCCCAAGAAUUUACCAAGCGGACGAGCAAAAGAAGUGUAAGUAGUUCUUCCAUCUAUCCUCCUGGAGUUCCUCUUUAUUUCAACAUCUCGCCCGUUUUUUUAUCUUGCUUGAAAUUGUUUAAGAAUUAGAAAAUUACACGAUACAUAUUACGCCAGAUUUUUAAGUAAUACUGUCCGUGACAACUACUACUCGCUUAGAAGUCUUGUGUACAACUACGUGGUAAAAAAACUCAUCUUGUUCACUUGCUGCACAUCGGAUUUGUUGUUUGGCCAAAAGAGUCGCAACAACAUAGUCGACUGUGUUUCAUCAAGAACUACAAACCGCAAGUUGAUACAACUAUUUCGAAGAUUACACAAAAAGACAAAAUACACCAUUGCUGCACAAAGCACUUUGAUUUUUUUAAAACAGAAAUUAGAAACCACCACCAAAAUAACCUACAGAGGCUUAGUCUUCUUCAACAGCCACGGUUAGUAGAUCAACCUCGAACGCGGAAUACGCAAAAAUCUAGAACUCAACACAGGUUGUAUUGCUAACAUUCGUGUGGGACGACAAGCCGACAUCGUUCCGAUGCGAAAGCCUUUGAUGUGCAGGUGCAGCUAAUCAACAAAAAAAACGAGUCAAGCGGACUUUAUUUCUUUACGGAACCAUUCUAGUUCUUUGCUCUUCAUCUUAUUUUUCGCAUUUAUUGGUACCCAAAGCACACUACACUUGAUACCUCGUUGUAAAAGUUUUACACUUAGAACUACCUCGAGUAUUGAUUAUUUUUUCAAAACUUUUUGCUGUGCAAUUGGCUAUACUUCGCUGACCUCCCUCCCAUCAGUUGUGGAUUGAGAUUAUCGAAGGUAAGCGCGAUAGGAUAUUCGUACGGCUUCUAAAUUACCAUCUUCUUCAAAGCUGCACAUGGCUGUAGCAUAAACUUGAAAGGAUAGAACACAUAACAUCGAGGAACUACUACACGAAAAAUCUUGAAUUAAACACGUACACAAAUACCAUAACCAACGCGUGCAUCUGCAGUAUUUCGACAUCCGCCUCACUCUGCACCUGCAUCUCGAGAUAAAAAUUGACAAGAAGAAGAAUAUAAAUCAAAACUACACGCCGGUUUAUUGACAAAAAUCAUUGAAGCUAAAAUCACAAAUAGAAGAACCGCAAUUGUACUUAUCUCGACGUCUUCACGGUCAGUGGCGGUGCAAGAACAUCGGCUUCAUCAAUUUCGUGUUGGACGACUCCGACCUGCUCGAAUCGACCAUGACGGGCACACAAACAACCGAGUAUACCUUGCAGACGGGCUCCUGCGGUACGAUUUUUUUUUAGCUUUUCUUGGCUUUGCAUAAAUCGAAAUUGCCAUUGCGCACGACACACUACAAUUCAUCUCAUUUUCGUCUUUAUCUCAGAAGAUAGCUUUGGGUGAGGCAGGGGUCGUUUCUUUAUUAUGAGCGCAAGUUGCAGCAAAAAUGAUCAUGAAUGGCAAAAAAAUCUUCGUAACCUAGUAAGCCAUAGCUUCGCGGCCUUCGCGUCGCGGCCGCAAGGAACCAUUUUCAAAAAAAAAACAGGCCAAGUCGAGGAGCUUCUGCCCAUUGGCGAAGACGGGGAUCUUCACGGUGAGACUCUCGAUUUCCUGCCCGACCUGCCGAGCACGUUCAGCCGGCAGGCCUCAAUCAAGUCAGUGGUGAAUGACGGAAGCGCCAGUCCCGACGGAGGCACCAGGACGCCGCUAUCGCUUUCGAAAAUCUUCGACUUUGACACCACGUCGGCCUUCGGCAGCAGCAGCGCGAGCGCGUCCCCGGCCGCUUCGGGUCAGACCACCAAGUCCGAAGGUGGCGGGGAUGGUGCAAAUUGCACUGUUGGAGAGUUAUCUGGGUCCCCGGCCUCCAGCUUGGAGCGCAUGUCUUCGCAGAACAGGUCCUUUACUGGAUUUGGCAAUAAAACCUCCGGAGGAAACACAACUCAGGUUGUUGUGACCGAGGAAGCGGUCGCCACGCCCGCGAAAGCCACCUGGAUUCCGGCGAAGGCGAAUGGCGGGGGUAAUGGGUCAAAUUUCCAGAACAAUAAUCAGGAUUUCUACUUGUCCUCCGCGACGGAGGUGAUGGGAGACGAGAAUAAUUACCCCGAGCAAGAUCUUCGCAAUGAACCGAAUAAAUCCACUGCUGAAGAGGCUCUUGCGUCGUCGGCCGUAGAGGACAGCGCCCAGCACAACUGGUCGUCGACCGCGAAAAAUAGUAAGGGAAAUUAUACCUACAACCAGAACGGGACAACUACUGGCACAACUUCGAAGAAGAAGAGCAAGAAGAUGAGGGAGCUGAAUUCAUCUUACCAAGAAAACACAACCACGUCCUCCUGGUACAAAAAAGACCCCACGACGACGACGUCGGGUGCUGCGGGAGGUAAGCAAACGGAUAAGGAGCUGCACAAAAAAGGCAGCGCAAAUUGGACUUCUAACGACAACUGGCGCGCACCGGCGGCGGGUGGGGGUGUUGAUCAACACAAGGAGAAUACUAACGGAAAAGACAGUUCUACCACCACUUCUAAGUCCACCUACCACGACAAGGAUUACUACUACAGCAAUUCCUCGUCUACGAAGAAAGGAUCCGGUGCAGCAGCUGCUAUCGCGAAAAGCGGCAGUGCGGACAACCUCUCUUGCUCAGCCACGGAGACCGAAGCGGGCACGUCGAAAAGCAGCCGGCGGCAACGGAAAAAGGACAGUAAAGGCGCGGCCGGGGUGAUUAAUAAUACCGCGACCACUACAACUUCUAAGGGCGGCAAGGGCGAGAUGAUGAACAGCAAAGGGGACAAAACUUCUAGCAACUCGGGGGUGGUUCACAACAACAGCCAGGGCGGGAAGUGGAGCUCUACGAAGGAUAAGCAUGGAAAUACCACAUCAACGUCUGCUGCUGGUGGAAAUGAUACGGUCACAACUUCCGCGACGAUUCCCUCUUCCGGAACGAGUUGUGCAGCUGUGGACCACACAGUGUACCCUGCUGUAACAACUCCCUCCGGAGUUACAACUACCACAACUGCAGGAGCUGCGCCGUCCCCAAUUUCAUCGUCUUUGCUCCAGCAGCCGGGCUCCAGUUCGAUGUCCUCGUCUGGGGAAGAAACCGGACCGCGGAAAUUACUGGGCGCCUGGGGCAAGCGACUUCAGGAAAAGGAGGAGCAGCAACUCGCGGCCGCCGCGGCCGCGUCGAAGGAGGAAGUAUCGUCUUGUCCUCCGCCCUCCGAGUUGUUUAAGAAAACAAUGCCUGCGGAGGAAGUUGUAGGAGAGCAAGCUGCAGUCGCAGUGCCGAUCGACCACAAAGAUCUCCACACAACUGCUCCUUCGCCUUCUCCCCCACAGGAGGUCAUCAACACAGACCACCAACAGCAGGAACAACAACUACAACCUGGAGAUGGUCCUCCUCGUCCCUCCACGAGCGGCCAGGCGGUCUGCCACGCAUUUGACAAAAUGAUGCAAGGUGUGAACAAGGAUGCCGAGGAGGACUCUCGCCCGCGCCGGCACACGGAGGGCGGCCACAAGCCGUCGAAUUGGUGGCUCAGUGGAGGCGCUUGCUCGACCGCCGAACAGAGCCCGGCCAACUGCAGCGACACGGGAGGCUUACUCACGACCACGCGCGGUGGUCACCAGGCCGCGCAGUCGUCCAGCAGGAUGAGUGUGGCUCCUUUGUCGAGCUCGGCAGCAGAUGUUGACCCGAAUUAUCUCAGCCCCCAGGAGCGCACUAUGUUGCGCGCCUCGGCACUGACGCCAACGUCCAACGGAGGGAGCACCCCGGGGUGUCCUCUGGGCCCCACACAGUCGCUGCCGAACAUGGUGUCGUCGCGAGGCGGCUCUGACCUGACGUCGACCCCGCCGGGUGGAAAUAAGAUGAACCAGCAAAGCUCCUGCCUUGGAACAUCAAAUGCGACUGGGACGAUUGACCAGCAGCAGGCUUCCUUUUUCAACCCGAGCAAGCAGCCACCACAGAUGCCACCGGUUAUGCUGAGCGGAUCAACUAGUACGUGCGGCACCACAGGUAGCUCUUCCGUGCCUAUCCUGUGCAAAAGUAUCGUACUCGUAGUAAUUGCGCUUAUGCAUGACAAAUUUCUUUCUCAAGGUGAAUCAGCAUUACAAAUUCAAUCUGUAAUGCUGGGCUAAUUUGUAAUGCAAUUUAUACUAGUACGAUACUUUUGCAGUUCAUAGUGCCACACCCGGGACAACUGCAGCGCCGUGACAUGAUGAACGACGCGACGCCGUUCUCCUAUCAAAGAAAAAAAGUUCGUCACGAUCACUAAUGCGCAUUCUUGCAAUACAAAGUUGUUUGUCAUGCGUAAAAAUGCAUCACAGCCAAACUUCAUUAGGGAUUUCCCUAGUGUUUCUGCAAUACAGGGAAAGUUUGUGAUGCUGAGAAAAUUUGUAAUGCAAAACCUGCAAGUUAGUGACUGUGACAAACUUUUUUUUCUCCAUAUCUCCGCAUACGGUGACAGCACCGUCGCGGUUUCGCCGAACGAGCACAACAUGAGCCCGGUAACGGAGACUUCGAGUGUUCGUGGCAGUGGCAGUACCAACAACUCUUCCAGCGCAGUCCCUGCGUUGCCAACUUCCUUGCCGCCAAGCAUCACAACCAGUACUAGCACAAAGCCGCUAGGUGGGAAUGCUGGCGCAGCACCCGGUGAGCAGGUGGUAACCACUUCUAAUGCCCCCGACCCAGUCGCCGGUGGAGCAGAAAUUGUGAACCAACAAACUACCACGACGAGCACCGGGAUUAGCCACUUGAAAGCGCUGCUGGCCGCAAGUGGCCCGCAAGCGCCGCCGAGCAGCACCCGCUUGGAGCACAUCCCUUUGAAGCUGCCCCCGUCACUGUCCACCGGCGGUGGAAAUCUUCCGAGUUCUUCGGCAUUUAAUCUUUCCAGCACAAGUUCUUUUGACUCCUCGCUGAACUCCUUCAGCAGCUUCUGCAGCGCCCAGUUCAACCUGACCACGCAAAGCAUGACGCUCGAACCGAGCAAGCUGCUGGAGCAAGCCAAGUCGCAGCCAUUACUGCCGGGAGUUUUGGACCACGGUUACAACAAGGCCGGAGCCAAAAUUGAUAUCGAAGGAACUGUGCCCGCCACGACAGGGGCGGGCCAGAGUGGUACUACGAUUGUUCCCGGACAAACUUCGAACAAUCCGCUGCAGCCGCUCCCCUUGCCGCCGACGGGCAGCAAUAUUAUGCAGCCGAUGUUGAGUACGGCCUUCUCCGUCGGUAAUGGCUCAACCUCCGGCGCAGCCGGGGCUGCAUCCUCGUCGUCCAUGAUGAGUGCUGGAACCACCUCCUUGCUAAACACCGCUUCCUCCACUGAGUCAACGACCAUGGGAACGAUGAAUCUACCCAACAAUUUCCUCCACGGUGGAAACAUCAAUACGAACAGUUCUUGCAAUAACGUCCUCAAUACCCUCCUCGGAGUUACAGCGACGACGUCAAAUAACGGGCUCAACCAAAACAACCCGGUCACUGGUCCUCUGCAGUCGCAGCAGCCACCGGCGCACUUGCAACCGCCACCAGGCCAGCCUUGGUUGGACGGACGCGUGAGCAAGACGCUCAACGGCCUCCCGCCGCUCGAUUUUGGAAAUUUGUUUUCGCCGCAGCCGGGGCAGCCGAAUAUGGCCGGGAACAUGAACAACAGUGGCGCAGCUGUUCUCAACAACACUGGCUCAAUUUCUGGCGUUGUGCAUAACGGGGCAGCUGCUCCGUUUGUGCCCGCUCCGUUGAACAAUAGUACCAUGAUGAACAACGCGAAUAGCAAUAGCAACACCGGGAAUGGUUCUUCUACAACCAGCUUUAAUAUUCGCCCGCCAAAUGCGAGUCCAACGCAGAAUCAGAACCAGCAGAACGUCAAUCACAAUCCGCCAGCGGUUCCGAUGCCACCACUACCGGGCAGCUCGUCUAACAGCAAUAAUUUCAACUUGAACCAGCAAAAUAACUUGACGCUGAACCUGCACGGCGCUAAUACUUCUAGUACUCCCGCUCCGCCUGUUGGUCCACAAUUCGGCGCCAACAACUUGAACAUGCAGCAAAAUAUUAACCUCAACCAGCAGCCGCAACGCGCAGGAGGACCGCAAUUAGCUACCGGGCCCAGCGCGACGACCUCGCUGAACACCAUGCAAGCGCCACUGCAAUCCGCGACCAUCCCGCCUUUGCCGCUCAACAACAGCGGCGGGAACAAUGUUGGCAAUGGAAAUGGUGCGACAAAUACGACCAUGAUUCCGCAACCCCCACCGCCGCCAAUGCCGCUGACAUCAAACAGUGGACCUGGCGCAGUGGGAGGACCACAGGGUCCUCAGGGAAGCAACACUAUUAACACGACGAUGAUGAACUUGAACACAACUACUUCAACUACAACUAGUCUCCUGGGAAGAAGCUUUAGCUCCUCCACCAACCGCGGCAUCAACACGAUGGCGGCGACGUUUAUUCCCGGCGCUACCGAGCACUUCCAGACCGUACCGGACGCGUCGCCGGUGAACGGCACCAAUGACAUCGACGCUUUUGACGGUAUAAUUCUGUUUGAUUUCUUUGUGUACUAGUAGUUUUUGUUUGCUUGUUAUAGUUAUUCAGCAAGCUAGUACUAUAUCGAGGAAUACUAGUGUUCACCAACCUCUUAUUAACCUACGGGUAAAAAUAAGCAGCACCGGAUGAACCAAAGCCGCCUGGCUGCUAAAUGUCAAUGUGAAAAUCUACUCCCCAACCUCAAAGUCAAACUUCCAUAAAAACAGUGAUGUCCGGCGCUUCCCAUUCCCCGAUGGACCGCGACGUCGAUUUUGAUUUGACGAAAGUGGUGGAAAUGUCCAAGGUUGAAGACAGCAAGCGGAACAAUAACGCCACCGCCACCCCGGCGCGCUUCCAUCUGCACCAGCACGCGGUACCGCCGAGCGCGUCGCCCAACGGGGGCACCAGCGCGACCGCGACGACGACGACGCCAGGAGGUCCGCCGACCUUCUUCCGGUCGGGCACAGGAAUGAGCAGCUCGUCCAGCGGGAGUUCUGGUGCCGCGCCUGCGCCGUUUAUUGGGAAUAAUAGCACGACGACCCUUUCCUCGUCGACCAGUGCUACUGCUACGCCGGCUGGCUCCAAGGGCAGCAGUGCGGUCGUUUCUGCUUUCCAAACACCAGGACACAAGGUGGACUACACGCAGAAGCAACCGGCUAAUAGUUCUGGUAUGAGUAUGACGCCGCCCCCGGCAUUGGGCGCAGUUGGCUCUUCUUCUAGCAGUAGUUGCACCACCAGUCUGGGCGGGAACAACGACUCUAGUAGUACUCAUGUGCCGCAACUACCGGCAACAAUGAAAGGGGCAAACAAUUAUAACUACAAAGGGACCACUGCUACAAGUACGAGCAGCUCCUGCGAUAAUACAGUGUCGCCGGCUGGCAAUGUGAACACGAAUGCUAAAGGCGGUAAUCAAGAACAUGUGGGUCAGAACAACAGCUGGCAGAGCAACCGGUGGGGCCACAAUCGCAAGGGAUCCCGCACCAUGUCAGAGAGCUCUUUGAGCAAGAAGGGCGGCAAGAAGGAUCAGGCUUCAGGAGGUUCCAGUGGAACAAGUAAGCAUAGCACAAGCAAAGGUAGUUCCAACGCCAACGGUAAAGACCAGACAAACUACACUACGGGUGGCAGCAAAGGUAUUGAAAAUGAUGUUCACGUAGUUGUGAAACCUUUUUUUGGCCGUUUUCUUGCAAUCGUUAAUUGAAAAUCGAUACUACUUCGUUGCAUUUGUUUUGUAUUUGAUGUCAGAAAGCGACGAUGCGCGAUGUGCGAUGCUGCAGUGAUAAAACUUCGAGACGCAGCUUGAAACGAACUCGAGCCCAAACCUCCGCACGCCCCCCCUAGUGCAGGAUAAAUGAUGACGAUGUAUUUGACGCUGCCUGUUGAAAAUAAACUUAAACACGAUCUCAAGCUAUCACCAUGACUUUAAGUAUCUACUAAAAAAGGUGGGAACAACAAGGGAGGCUCGUCCGCAUCUGAAGGCCAUCAGCUUCCGCCGCCGCCGGGAAUGGUGAAUUAUUCCGGGUUUAAUGAACAGCAGCAACUGGCCGGAGCAGGUACUUCUACAUCUACAGGCUCUUCUCCACUACUAGCAGUUCGAUGUACAACGGGCACGUGCGUCAUCUUAAAUUUAUUUUGUGAAUGAGAAUGUAUGUAGCAGCUUCUACGCGGAGGUUGGUUUGUAGUAUUCUUUGUUCCCCCGCCACUUUCUUUCCCGAACGAAGUUGUGCGAUGUUGAAAAUUUUGAAAAUCCAAUCACAGGUGGUCAACAACCACCAGCGAACAUGAGUUACAACCAGCCCCCGCCGCCCGUGACUAUGAACAACAGCGGCACCAGCGCGAACAAUAGCAAUACAACCAUGAACAACGCCACUGGCGGCCAGCACCAGCAGCAAAACGCUCCUCUUCGUCACCAGCAGCAGCAGAGCGGGCGGCCCCAGCAGCUCCAGCACGCCAAUAGCACCAUCUCGGAAUACCCAGAAAACCCAAACGCGUUGCCGCACACUGUUUCCUACGAUACCUCGUCCCUCACCAACGGUGGAGGACAAGAACAGGAGCGUCCGUCUUCCUGUAGUCUGCCAUACUUGUCAGCGCAUUCGAGCACCGCACAAACCAGCCCGGCGUCCAUGAUCAACGGGCCGGUGCAGCUUUCCGGCGCAGGUGGUGCGAUGAUGUUCCAACAGGGAGGUGGAACAAAUAACGCACCGGGAAAUACAAAUAGCCAGCAGCCCUUUGGACAGUUGAACAACAACAUGAUGAGGCAAAAUCCCCAACAACAAGCACCUCCACAGAUUCCUAUGGGCAACUCUAAUACCUCGGCCGUCGCGAGUGUCAGUAGCAGUGUCAGCUCCACUUUCGGCGCAUCUACUGCGUUUAACCAUAAUGCCCCGGCGUUUCAGCCGUCGCCGGUGCUGGGGUCUAGUACUUUCGUCCACCAGGCGAUGAAUAACUUGAACGUUGGAGCAGGAGGUGGAAACAACAACAAUGAUUUGAACAACGCAGGACCUCCGACCGGUAGUUCAGGAACAGGCAAUGUCAACGUCAACAUGCUGAACAACCAACAAUUGUCGCAGCCGCAGCAGAACAAUUUUGGGUUCAACAACUUCAACAAUGGAAAUGCUCCGAUGAAUAUGGUCAACGUCAACCACCAGCCGCCGCUAAUGAUGAACAACAAUAAUUCAUCAUCGGCCACAGCAGCUCCAGGCAACAACAUGAUGAUGAACAACAUGAUCGGAACGCAGUCGAACAUGCAGCAAAACAAUAACUUCCUGAAUAACGGAGGUGUUACAACUUCAAACAUGCCUCAGCAACAGAGCAACACGUCGAAUCAGCCGCAGUACAGUGCCCACAACCCGUACGCCAAUCCGCAGAACUAUAAUCCCGCGCUCCAUGGAUUCACCCCUUCCGGAGCCGGGGGUCAGUGCUGCCGCUACUACAAGAAAGUGAACAUGGGCGACACCAAUUCGGCGACCAUUGGCUGCUCUAAGGGAUUUCACUGCAUGUUCGUCCACAACGACCCCGAACCGGGGGAGCUGGAGGGCUACCACAAAGCUCUGGUGGAUCCCAUUGAAACGGUGAAAAACUUGCUCAAAUUGAAUCACGUCGAGAACGGCUUUGAGCGCGUUGCCGCAAUCACGGUACUGCUUUAGCUUUAUUUGCUCGCUCUUGAUGUUAUAGGAAUUUGGUCGUGUCAUAGCUGCUUUAUUUUCAUAAUAUGAUAUCAUCUCUACUUCGCCUUCACAUGAAUACAAUCAACAUUCUGGUAGCCAUGAAGUAGACCACGAUCUCACUGCUCACGGUCAGGUCUUUCUCUUUGUCACUAACACACGCAUGACAGCACCAUUGAAGAGAUAAUAAUCCUUUACAAAAAUUUGUUCAUCAGGUAUACGACAACACUGGUAUUAAGCCAGAUUGGACUCUCGCGGAGCAGCACAAGGGAACCCGUCUCAUCUUUGACUACAGCCGCGACAAAGAACCUAAAAUCCAGACCGAUUUGACGUCCACGAUGAAAAACGUCGGAGGUACCAGCAUGAUGCAGCCGCCUUCCAUGAUGGUUAACAGCGCAUUUCAACAAGGUCCACCUCUCAGUGGCACGACGCCUGGCCGUGUCCAGUUGGGGUCGUCCCAAAAUGUUGCUAACAGCAACAUGAUGAUGCAGCACCCGCAGAAUUCCUCCACCUCUACCCAAGACUUGACCUCCUCCUCCUCCCUGCCCAGCACUAUCCCGAUGAUGGCCUCCCCCCCCUCCCACAUGUCCUCUGCCCCAUCCCCCGCAGACGAGAUGACCUUUUCAAGUUGCCGCUCCACGGCGCUGCCAAACACGGGCUCCAGCGCCUCCGUAAUGGCCGCCGGAGUUGGUGGGGGUAACAACAACAUGAUGACCCACAACAUUUUCCAGAACAUUCAAGUGUCUUCUUCUAGUACUGCAGCAGCAACGUCAGCACAGGGCUCUUCUACUACUGCUGUUAACAUGCCGCCAGCGAUGCCACCAACCAUGCACGAGGCCCGGAACGCGAACGAAAACGUUGUAUAAUUUCGACUUUGAAAUAUUCUCCACUUCUUCUAUAUUUCUCAUACUAGAAGAUCAGCAACAUCACUAGUGGAAGAUGUUAAAGUGUGAGAUGAUGUGUGUGCUGGUGGUAUCGAAUCACGAAGAUGUUGGCCUCUGCAGUUUGUUCCGUGGAAAAUAAACCAAAAACAAAACUACAGAAUUCCGGCCUGGGAUCGAAGAGUAUGGACGCGACAGACGCGGGCCACGGUGGCAUGGGCCAGAAGUGAAGAUAUUUAUCACAUCAUAUUAAGCGACACGGUUAAAAUUUUCAGGAACUUUUUUUGUUGUUGUCAUCAAUCGAUCGAUCGAUCGAUCCCCCUGGAGCUUGUUUUAUUUCGUGAAGAAUAUGAAUUCCUCAUACACCGUCGUGGUGAACUGUUGUUUGCUACGAUUGGAAGAGUGCUGUCUCAAAUUAAACUACAAAAGUGCUGCAGAUGCAGCACAGAAAAGCGGUAUUUUUUUGGAAAAUGGCAAUCAAGCUCUGUAAGUUGGUAGACGAGAUGUUGUUGCACCUGUAACUCAUACAACUUCUACCUUCUAAGAUCUAAUCAUUAACGAUCCUUUACCUUUUUUUGGCUCGAACUUUUACUCCUAUUUUUAAACCAUUUACCCCGCCUACUUUUUUUCAUAUUCAUCUGCCGAUUGAUUCUGCUUCUUCAGCACUGAGAACUAGAACUUAAACUUUUGAAGUAUGUUAAGGAAAUUAUAUCACUGCUGCGGCUGUACGCCGUAGGAGGCGAUAACCGUCCGACCCGGAUGUCCAGGCGUUGUGUGCUGCCUGACGGGCUCAACAUAACGGUAAAAAGGCACGGGAAGAUGGUCAUCGCUCUCGACACCUGGACUUUGUUUUGUUAUGCGAUGAUCUGAUUUCUACUCUCAUAAGCUUUUGCCACUUUAGCUUAUCAUGCUCUACUUACUCUGUUUUUAUCCACCGUUCUUAAAUUCAUCCUUGGUAAAACUGAUUAUUCUGCUUUUUUUUUCGUACAAAAACCAAAUUUGAAGAGUUGAAGAGGAAAACUACGAGCCUGCAUGAAAAUUGUACGUUGUGACUUUGCUACUACAAUGUUGAGGCUCAAACUAUUCUCAGAUUUGGAGGUAGAGGUGCCACGACGGCACUACGACUACCAGUAGAGGUCGUGUCAUUCGUAUAGUUUGACAUGAGAGUCAAUUACUCGUUUUCUGUUUUUAUGACUGUCUAUCUCUAUGAUGUUUUUCCAGAUCAACAUGCUCCUACAAGUAUUACAGUUUGUCUUUUGGUUAUUUAACAAAGGACUCAUAAAAAACAUAACGAAAAAACCCAAAAAACCCAAAAAAAUAUAGCGCUCACUUCUUAGAUAGAUGAGAUUUCUACCUGUAGCACGGUGCAGUUUGGCGUUAUGGUGCAUUGGCAUCAUGGUCCAGUUUGGCAUCGUGGUGCAGCAUCUGGUAGGACAAGCGGUCCUUCGGGACAAGCGGUCCGGCAGCGAUAGUAGACCAGUCCAACAAGAAGAACUCAGCCUUUGAUGUUUCUCGCACGAGCUAAAGCUUUUAGCUAUUUAGCAUGUUCUGGGAGUCUUCGAAUUGAGUUCUACUUCAGUUCGAUGUCUGCAGUUGCUGUAGAAAGACGAUCUGAGCACUUGUUUUUAUUGGACUUCUAGUACCCCGGUUUUUUAUCAUAUCUAACGAUGAAGAAAAGCAAACGAAGCACAACAACAAACGCAU